AUGAGGAAAGGGUAAGCACUAAACUGUGGAAAUGUCAAAAUUGGCUCUUUAUAAAAAAUAUUUUGUUAAAAUCAGCAAAUAAGGUCUCAAAAUCUGUGGCCAUACAAUACAGUAGUACAACAAAGAAAUGAAGAUGGUACUGUAAAUGGUUAAAUUGAUGGAGCUUUCAAUGAACAGUGAUAGUGGCUAUUAGGUAGGUAGGUUAGUGUCACACAAAUAAAGUCAUGAAAGUAGGUGAUGGUGGGAUCUUUCCAUUUCCAUUGAUGAAGAUGGAGGAAAACAAUAAAUAUAAAGAUAAGUCACUCAUUUUUAUUGUACAAGACAAAGUACCUAAUUCACCCCUUGUUGUAUACUCUAUUCUAGAGAGAGAAACAAGAGAUGAUGAGGCACAUCAAGGCUAACACAUCCUUUUUAAAUGGAUUACACCAUUAUUCGGCAACUGCGAUUGGAAUGGGUUAAAAUCACUUAAUGUAAGAAUUGACUCCAAACCAAAUGGUCGGUAGGUCGGAUACUAGUGACGAAAGUCAAAUAAAAUAAAAUAAAAUAAAUGGAUCACACACUACCACCCACCCAAUUGUUUUUGACAAAGGGGGGUAUUUUGGGAAUUUGCUCUUUAUUACUUUACCUGGUUCAUCAUGAAAAAAAAGCCAUCUUGAUUUUCUCCACCCAGGACAAGAAGGUGAAAAGCAUAAAAAGAAACACCACUCAUCAAAGAAACAAAAAAUAACAUAAAGGGUAUAAAAGUAAAUAGCAUGAAUAUAUUGACAUUUGCAUAAAAUAAUUGCAUAUGGUGUGUACAGUAUAUGCAAUGAAAUGGAUGGAAGGGUCAUUACUCAUUCAUUGGUAAAGGUCAGGUCACCAUGGCAUGGCACUAUGAGAGAGAAGUUCACAUUCACAAUCACAAACCUCUCAAAACAAACAAACAAAAACCAAAGCCUAAAAAUAUGGUUUUGUAACCAACAACUGCUACAGGCUACAGGCUACAGGCUACAGGCUACAGCAUAGCAGGAAGAAAAACAGCAUCAUCUCUCUCUCUCUCUCUCUCUUUUUUUAUUUUUUGUUACUUUUUUUGCAGCCCCUAAUCUAAUCUAUCUAUGUAUCUAUCUAUAUUCUUUCUUGAAAUACAAUAACACCUCUUUCUUUCUUUUUCUAUCUGUCUGACCCAUUCCAUUAUUUCUCUCUCUACACAGAUAGAUACAAUCAAAGAAGAAACAUGGAAACUCCACGCAAUACAUUUUUUUUUUCCUCCAUCAAAAAAAUUAAUCAAAGAGUCCACACCACACCACACUAUUUCUCUCUCAUCAAUGGCCCAGCUGGACCAAAAAAAUUUAUCUUUGAAGAAACAAAAAAGAAAGAAAGAAAAUGGGAAACAAAAGAAAGAGGUGUUAGAUUAGAUGUGUUCAAUUGUCCUCCAACCAAACCCACCUUACCUUACAAUACAUUACAACUCUCUCUCUCAUAAAACAAAUAUGUUCCCCGUUUUACCCUUCUGCAAGACCCCAAAAAAUCCCAUCUUCAUCACUGGUCUUUCAAAACAACAAUAUUUUUCACCGAGUUAUGUGGGCUUUUUCGGUUUCUUUCUCUUGGUCAGAGUUUCAAUACAUCAAAACAAGAACCUUCUUACCUCUUCCUAUUCCUAUCUUAUCAUUAUCAUUAACAAUAACAACCCUUUCCUUUUUUCUUCCUUUAUUAUUCUUCUUCUUUUCCUCUUCUCUCUUUCUCUCUCUAUCUCUAUCUCUCUAACCUAUUCUUCAUUCUCUCUUUUCUUUCUCUUUACCUUUAGUUUUAGGUUUCAUCUCUUUUCUUCUUUCAUCUCAUGAAGAAGAUGAAAGGUGUUGUUGGUUCCAUGAGACCUCCUUCUGAUGUUUACAUGGAUCAGAGAUCCAUGUUUAGGCACCAGAGUCUCUUGCAGGACUAUCAAGAUUUGCACAAGGAAACAGGAGCCAUGAGAAGGAAAUUAGAGGCUGUGAAUCAGAAAAAGUUAAUACUAUCAGCUGAAGUUCGAUUUUUAAGGCAACGUUACAAAUACUUGCUAAAACAUCCUCUUCCAAGGCCUCAACCAAAGCAAGAAGUUUUGAGGCAACAAAAGCUCAAAAUCAAAGAGCCUAAGAUCUCAAAGGCAAGGAAUUACAAUAGAAAGGAACCAACUUUACGACCACACACUGCUUCUAAAUUGAAGAACCCAAAAGACAGAAUUUUCAAUGGUGUUGAAGACACAAUGCAGAAAACUAGCCAUGUGAUGAUUGAUUUAAACCAAAAUGGUAGGAGCUUAAGUCAAAAAGAUACUUCUUUUCAUAGCUCUACUGCUCCAGUGCUUGACUUGGAUCACCAAGAUAGAGUACACAGUGGGACAGAAGCCACAAAGAAGAGUGGACCUCUGUUUUUCGACUUGAACCAGAUUUCGAGAGAAGAGGAGGAAUUAGAGGGCAACAAUCAGCCUAUGUGGAUUGAAGAACAAAAGAAGAGUAGUACACAAAGAGUUGUGAAUGAAGAGCAGCACAAUGAUAUCAAGCUUUCAGUUUGCAGAAACAUUGGGGAAGGAUCAAGUAGGGCAGGGAAAAGGAAGAUUACAUGGCAAGACCAAGUGGCAUUGAAGGUUUGAUGAUAAGUAGUAGAGUACAGUUUGGCUUAACUCAUGCCAAUUUGGAAUGUGUAGUCUCAGUCUUCUGCCUUACAAUGUAGCAGAUUUUUACCUUCAACAAAACUAUUCUAGAUUUAUGUUUUCAUCUUGUAAAGAUAAAAUAUACACUACCUUAUAGAAUCAUGUCAUAUGUUCAAUAUAUAUAAUAGUAGAUGGAAUGAAGAAUGAAGAAUUUAACCCUUGAAAUCA